ACAGGGGUGGAGGAACAGGUGACGUUGCUGAGAGAGAAAAUAGUCUCCUUCCUGGAACGAAACAAAGCAACUACGACAAUGGCGAAAUUCUUCACACCAGCUCAAAUCAACGAGUUCAAGGAGUGCUUCUCCCUUUACGACAAGAAGCAAAAGGGAAAGAUUGAUGCCAAAGAUCUGAUCACAGUUAUGCGCUGUCUGGGUACAAGCCCCACGUUUGGUGAAAUCGAAAGACAUCUGCAAGUUCACAAAAUUGAAAAGAAAGGAGAGCUGGACUUCUCUACCUUCCUGACAAUGAUGCACAGACAGAUGCAACAGGAAGACCCCAAAGCAGAAAUCCUGGAGGCCUUGAGGAUGACAGAUAAGCAGAAGAAAGGAUACAUCCAGGCGUCCGAGCUGCGGGCCAAGCUCACCAUGCUAGGAGAGAAACUCACAAACAAAGAAGUGGAUGAGCUCUUCAAAGAGGCACACAUCAAGUCAAACGGGGUUAUCAAGUACGAGGAGUUCACGCAGAUGGUGACGCUGCCACCUGUUGAUUACUGAAACUCAUGGAUAUAAAAACAGCUGCAAUGAUGGAGAACUGACCUGAAAUACACUGAGCACACACAUGAUAGAAAAACUGUGACGCACUGCUAUUAAACUAUAAUAAAACAAACACUAUAUGGUAUGGUUGAGCACCUUAUGUGAAAGCCUGAACAUCCACCAUAAUGCAUUAUUUAGAUAGAAUAUCCUGUUUGAUCUUUAAUGCAUGGACUUCUCAUCUGUUGAACUAUAAAAAAAAAACCUUCAUGCUGCUUCUUCGUAUGGCGCUCUCAACUUUCCACUCAUCAGUAUUUAGUUGAAUCUGUCCUAAACUGUGAGCAUGGAGUUUUAUUAAUUUUAUUACCUGACUAGAAAUCACAUUUUUUAACACCCUUUUCAAAUCCCUCAACCAUAUCUUUUUAGUAUAAUGAGAGACAAAGCAUUCACAAUUUUCAUGUAUUUUCACAUCUGUUCAAAUUGAACUACAUAGGCGCCUUACAUUUUGCAAGAUUUACAAGUUUAGUUCCAAAGUAAAAAGCACAGUAUAUAAAUAUCAUGUGAUGACACAUAAAUGAGAAAGAAAUGUAUAACACACAACAUAUAUCAUCACUGAUAAAGAAAUGAGCAACACUUUAUCAAUAUGUCAUUUUUUUUGUGGUUUAUGAACAGUUCAUUUAGAUAACAUUUUCAAUGGGGGUUUGUUUGUGUAGAGAUUGAAAUAAUGCAUCCCUGUGAAGAUAUCAGCAACAACCUUAAUCUAUUUCAGAAACCCAAUCUAGUGUAUUUCAGUAUUAUUAUCAUAGAAUCGGCUAAUAAAAAGACUCUUGAUAUUGUG